AUGAUUGGUGUUUGGGCGAAAGUACAGCUCCUGUGCAAGCACCACUUCUCAUCUACAAUUUCCAAGGACCUCAACUUGGCGCAGCAUUUAUCCCGUUUGGCAACAUCACUGUUUAAUGAUUCUUCUGCCGUAAGGGGCUUUGUCCGUCAAGACGAUAAAACGCCCGAAGUCCAGAUUCUAUUACUUCUUCAUGAUGCUGUUUAUCAUCAAUGCCAGAUCGUCUUACACUCCAUGAUUGUCCCUCUGUUCUCGGGUAUCCCCGCCGACCCGAACAUUGACCCUGGGACACAACGAAAAGCAGCAGAGACUGUCACUCAUCAUGCAGAGUUAUUUGAGCGCCUAUUGGCGCCUUACCUUUAUGAACGAAAGGAUGUUUCACGACUGCCUCCUCUUGUUGGCUAUGGCGCUUUUGUAGUGGGGAUAGUGAUCCUGUCUACGGAAGUCUCUCGUCGUAACAAAUCGGGGACCGCAAGACGGUUGCUGUAG